AUGAGCACAUAUUUUACAUCGUCAAAAGUUACAAUCACUAUGGAUGCAAGUACUUUUCAAGAAGGACUUGUUGAGAUGAUUUGUUUGAGUAUGGUUCCAUUUACUUCAUUUACAUUAAAAAACAAAGGAUUUCAAAAAAUUGUUGGUGAAAUGGCAAAAAAACUCGGUGUAUCAAUGGGGCAUGAUGCAGUUCGACAUUUGGUAAUAACCACAGCAGAUUCUUCUCGCAUGAAACUGAGGCAAACUUUGAGGGAACAGUUAUGUUAUUUGAAGCUAGAUGCAGCAACUCGUGGUAAUAAAAACUAUCUUGCCAUUAAUUUACAAUUUUAUAAUGAAACAAGUAAUAAGUCUGAAAUAAAAACCCUAGAUAUAGUUGACACUGAAGGAAAUCAUAACUCUUUGUAUGUAAAAAAUCAAAUUAAAGAAACCUUAAAAAAAUUUGAUAUUGAAGAAAAACAAAUACUUAGUAUUUGUGUAGAUAAUGCAGCAAACAUGACAUCUGCUGUAAAUAAACUUGGAAUUCGUGAAAGCAUCACUCAAGGUGAAGGUAAUGAAGAACCUGAGGAUAUUGAUGAGAACAGUGCAAACAUUUUGCAACAGUGGGUCAAUGAUCCUUCUGAAAUAUUACCACAGUGGGUUAAUGAAGACACAAACAUUCAAUUAAUGAGGUGUGGGAUUCAUACUCUUCAACUGGCCAUUUGGGAUGGAUUAAAAAAUGAACGAGUAACAAAAAUUCUAGGAAGAAUUAGGCAAGUUGUAGUAAAAUUACGAACACCAACAAUCCGUAGUAUUUUAUUGAAAAUGUAUGGAAAAACACAAUCUUUAGAUACAGUAACAAGAUGGGGUUCAACAUAUGCAAUGCUUGAUCGUCUUCUGUUUUUCAAAGACUAUUGCGAACAACACGGAGCGGAGCGGAGCAAACUUUUUUUAUGCCGGAGCGGAGCUGGAGCGGAGCAAUUCAAAAAAGUGCUUGCUCCAAAGCCCUGCCGACAACAGCGUAGACUUCGCUGA